AUGGGAUUACCAGUCAUCAAUUGCAAUUACUUGGCGAAACGAUGUUGUGCGUUCAAUCUGAGUCCCGUGUGUCAAUCCCGAUCCGAUUCCCGGUAUCAGGCCACAGUCCACAGUCCAUCCAUUCUGGCCCUGCAAGCAAUGCGGCUACUACAAGGAUCAAUCACACUGCAUACCAACGAUAAACCAAUCACUUCACACCUUCAAUAUUUCAUUGUACAAUGUUCCGGUAACGUUGGUGGCAUGAAGGUACCGUCGGUAAAGUUUUUUCUGAAACGACGCGUUCUUCCAUACGGUCAACGGGAAGGUGCCCUGAAAGCGUUACAGAAAAUGGAACAGGAUGAUGUGAUAAGCAAAGCUGAAUCCAGUGCCUGGGCGACCCCGAUUGUCGUGGCGAUGAAAAGUGAUGGUAGAACAGCACGGAUCUGUGGAGACUAG